AUGUCAAAUCAACUGCAGCAGAACUCGUGCUUGGCGAAUCCUUACGUUUUACCAGGCGAAUUUUUGGCUUCUCGUUCAGGAACAGAUGACAAAGUUACGACACAAUUCGUAGAGGAAAUGAAAAGGCAUUUCCAUAACCUCAAAAAAGUGCCUGGUUUUCGCCACGGAAAAAGAUAUACUCUUGUCUUCCAAGAUCUGAAAACUUGCGACCACGUUUUCGUUCGCCACCAGGGAAUAAAAAAAGUUCUGCAGAUGCCUUAUGAUGGACCAUUCGCAGUUAUCAGUCGACCUGACAAAACCUUCAAGGUGAUCAUAAAUGGAAAGGAUGUCACUUUGUCGAUCGACAGAUUAAAACUAGCUUGCAUCAUUGCAGAAGAGGAACCAAAACAGCAGGUUACACCAAUUCCACGUCGUCAAAAACUCACACGUAAAAUUCAAGAGGAAACCUUCAGCAAUACAGGAACGACAACCAGGUCUGGCAGACGAGUAUGA